AUGAUUAGGACCACCUCGAUAUCUGAGUCGGAGAACAGCUUCUAUAAAAACUUUUUGAAGCCACGCAACAACAUUGCCGAAUUCUACUUGAAUUUCAACCAAGCUUUGGAAUUUCCCAUAUUGGCCACUACCUUGCCGUUCGAGAAACAUGCUUCUACGACAUGCUUUAAGAAAAUACAAGAGGAAAUUGUUGAGGGUAAUGACAAAUGCUGCGUUUUGGGGUUCUCAUCUACAGACAUGGUUGACACCUACAAACUUGGAGACAGCCUUCGCAAUUCGUACUUUGUGAGACAUGAUAAGACUGACGAGUCAUACUCGUGCGAUUGCAAACUGUUUAGUAGAUGGAUGAAGACUCUGUUAGCCAAGGCGGUCCAUGGUGGACUGGAGGAACUUGGUAAUUCUCUUCAAACUCGAACUCCUACAACAUCCGCCUUUGAGAAGAGGCGAAUGAUUGAACAGUUUUAUGGAAUGGAAAGGCCGGAAGUCGUUGAGGUCCAUCCUCCGGAUGUAGUAAAGACGAAGGGGCACGCGAGCAGCUCCGCUAGUCGUCUGAUUUCCAAGAGAUUGAAGGCUAUCAAGGAGGCUACUAGGCCCCUUAGACGGUGUAAGGCGUGCGAUGAGCUGUGUCAUCACGACUCUAGAAAUUGUCCAAUGCUUAAAGAGCUGGAAAAGGAGAAUGAGCUGCGUAAGGGAAAGAGGAAAUGUUGA